GGAGAGAGAAAGAGAGAGAGAGAGAGAGAGAGGGAACACAGACCUCAUCCAGCUGUCGCACAGUAAACAGCCCAGAGGAGGACAGCAACAGGAAAGCUCCAACAUCACCUUCAUCUCAGACCUCCUCUUCACAGAUAAACGCUCUCUUUCUGCGGCUUGAGUUGCCCGUGGCAUCUUCGCUCUCGUCAGAUGUGAGUUCCAAGCAGCUUGAAGAGUUUAUCCAAGCUUUAAUGAGACUCCGUGGCUCCGCGGAGCGCCGGAAGGAGACGGGGGAGGAGGGGGAGGAGGCGCGGAGAGGCCGCGGAGGGGCUCCGGAGCUGCCGAGGGGGGCAGAGACGGAGAAAACGAGAGAGCGAGAGAUGGCCACGGGAGGAAUCACCACGCUCCCGGCCUCACCGGACGACGGGGCCAGCGGAGGCUUUCCUUCGGGGAACUUCAAGGAGCCCAAACGCCUGUACUGCAAAAACGGAGGCUACUUCCUACGGAUCAACUCGGACGGCAGGGUGGACGGGAUCCGCGAGAAGAGCGACCCUCACAUUCGACUGCAGCUCCAGGCGACGGCUGUCGGUGAGGUGGUGAUCAAAGGUAUCUGCGCUAACCGAUACCUCGCCAUGAACGCUGACGGACGACUGUUCGGAUCGAGAAGAACAACAGAUGAAUGUUAUUUCCUGGAACGCCUGGAGUCGAACAACUACAACACCUACAGAUCCCGGAAAUACCCCGACUGGUACGUGGCUUUGAAGAGAACGGGCCAGUAUAAGAGUGGUUCUAAAACCAGCCCGGGCCAGAAGGCCGUCCUGUUUCUGCCCAUGACAGCCAAGUGCUGAUCAACCCGAAAUGAGACUGACAGACCACUGACGAAGAUGUGCUUCUAACCAACCUGACACAAUGAGAUUGAUGAGCUCAUCCAGAAGGUUAAAGGUCACCUGGAUUGCUCGAAGCCGCUUUAAAGUGCAGAUUUUUUACCCGUGUCUGGAAAACACGUCAUGAAAGCGCUUCCCUUUAGCAUUUAUAUCUAGGAACCAUUUCCAAACAGAUGUACUUGGAGAGCAUUACAGGGUUUAUUUGUCCGUGUUCGGUCACCCUGGAGAUAUCAGCAAGAUCCUCAGAAGAGACUCGUCAAUUCAAAAUCCCACCGAUCCAUCUCAGAUCCAACUUUCCAAAAUACAUAAUUAUUCCACUGCAUUCCCUCAGUAGGGUUGGUUGGAAGAGUUCACUGAUCUGCACUAUAGAGAGAUGUUGAAUUUGACUGCAUCUUCCUGCAGGAAUGUUAGUACGGCCACAAAAUGUGAGAUUAUUUAAUGCUGCUUCUCUAUGCAAAAGAUAUUUCUAUACUGUAUUUUAGAGGAAAAAAGGGGUUUUGCUAAGACAAAGUUUUGCUUUGAUGAAGGGAAGUACACAGUGAAUGUUUUUCAAA